CCUUCUUCUUCUUCCCUCAUUCUACCAAAUACUGAUACCGUGUCUACUUACCUCGGCGUGAGGCAAUUCCUCUUCUAUAAUUCCUCUUUACCUCCCCCCUCCACUCCCCAGCUUGUCUUAUCCUCUACCUUCCCCUCCCCCCACCGUCUUUCCCUCCCUCUUCCCCGCUGCGGAUCCCCUCCUCCUCCUCCCCCCAUCCGCUGUCUCGUCCACCAUGCCCAUGCUCAAAGAUCCCUCCAAAAAAUACAAGCGCUUUCAGCCGCUCCACUUGCCUGACCGGCAAUGGCCCAACAAGGUCAUCGAGAACCCUCCCCGCUGGCUGGCCACGGACUUGAGAGAUGGUAACCAGAGCUUGCCCGACCCCAUGGACGGGGAACAAAAACUCCGCUUCUUCAAGAUGCUCCGCGAUAUUGGCUACAAGGAAAUCGAAGUCUCCUUCCCCUCUGCUUCUCAAACGGACUUCGAUUUCACCCGUCGCCUGGUCGAGACCCCCGGCUUGGUUCCCGACGACGUAUGGCUGCAGGUCCUGUCCCCGUGUCGCGAGGACCUGAUCCGCCGCACGGUCGACUCCCUCAAGGGAGCCAAGAAGGCGAUCCUGCACAUCUACCUGGCCACGAGCCCGUGUUUCCGCCGCAUCGUCUUCAACAUGGACAAGGAGAAGAGUUUGGAGAUGGCCGUCCGCUGCACCAAGUAUGCGCGCUCAAUCACCAAGGACGACCCGGAGAUGGCCGGCACGGAAUGGCACUUCGAGUUCUCACCCGAGACUUUCUCUGACACCGAGCCCGAGUUCGCCGCGCAGGUCUGUGAGGCCGUCAAGGCCGCCUGGGAGCCCACAGAGAAGGACCCCAUCAUCUUCAACCUGCCCGCCACGGUCGAGAUGUCGACCCCCAACGUCUUCGCCGACCAGGUCGAGUUCUUCUGCCGCCACGUCUCCGAGCGCGAGAAGUACGUCGUCUCUGUACACCCCCACAACGACCGCGGCUGCGCCGUCGCCGCCGCCGAGCUGGCCCAGAUGGCUGGCGCCCAGCGUGUCGAGGGCACCCUGUUCGGUAACGGGGAGCGCACCGGCAACGUCGACCUGGUCACCUUGGCCCUCAACCUGUACACGCAAGGUGUCUCGCCGAAGGUGGACUUCUCCGACAUCAACGCGGUCAUCAAGGUCGUGGAGGAGAGCAACAAGAUCCCCGUGAACGAGCGCUGGCCCUACGGCGGCCAGCUGGUGGUGUGCGCGUUCAGCGGCAGCCACCAAGACGCGAUCAAGAAGGGCUUCAAGCUCCGCGAAGAGGCGGGCGCCAGCGACGACACGAAGUGGGAGAUCCCGUACCUGCCGCUGGACCCCCAGGACAUCGGGCGCACGUACGAGGCCGUCAUCCGGGUCAACUCCCAGAGCGGCAAGGGCGGCGCUGCCUGGGUCAUCCUGCGCAGCCUGGAGCUGGAUCUCCCGCGCGCGCUGCAGGUGGAGUUCAGCAAGAUCGUGCAGCGCAAGACCGAGGAGGUCAGUCGCGAGCUGCUGCCCAGCGAACUGGUCGGCCUGUUCGAGGAUGCCUACCACCUCAAGUCCAACCCGCGCUUCACGCUGAUCGACUACAACAUCACCACCGACCGGUCGACCUCGCCUGCGCCCCCGGAGCCCGGCAAGGCCCUCAACACCAAGAACCUCAAGCGUCGCUUCACGGGUAUCAUCGAGAUCGACGGCGUCCAGCACGGCAUCACCGGCGUCGGCCCCGGUGCCAUCUCCUCGCUGGCCAACGCCCUGGCCACCCUGGGCAUCGACCUCGAUGUCGUCGACUACAAGGAGCACGCCAUCGGUCUGGGUCGCGAUGUCAAGGCCGCCACCUACAUCCAGUGUACGGCCGCCGGCAGCAAGGAAGCUGUUUGGGGCGUUGGUAUUCACCAGGACGUAGUCCAAGCCAGUUUGAUCGCUCUCCUCAGCGCCGCCAGCUCCUUCCUAACCAGCCGCGCCGGCUCCCCCGCCCCCUUCCGCCCCAUCCGCUCCAAUACCCUCACAGACGAAGACCUCGAAGCCCUCGAAACCCUAGCCGGCAGCUCCAAACCCAAGGUCGACCUGGGCAGUUUGACCAAGCAAACCGAGAGCCAGUAAACUUGUUUGCUGUUCACGUUCCAUUGCGCUUUGCUCAAGGCUCUUCACGUCACCCCCAUUGUAAUCCUCUCUUCUUUUUACCUACUCUUUUCUCCAAAAAUGUUUCAUCUAUGAUUCCAUAUUUUUUCGGGAGUCCUUUUUCUUAUAUCUUUAUAUCUUGAUUAUAUCAGGGGCGGGUUACUCUUGGGAGAAAAUAUAUCUUUUUUUUUUUUU